GUUGCCAGGCAACAGGAAAACAAGAAGAAAGAUGGCGGAGGACGCAGAAAGCGCAGAAAACGAAAACAUUGUGACCAUUCACAGGAAGAUAACAGCCGCCUUUGAGCCGUUUGACUACGAGUCCAAAAACACGGUGGACGUUCGGGAGCUUGGUACCAUCAUGUAUUCUCUGGACUGCUUCCCCACUCAAGCAGACAUACGUGAAUUUAUAGCCGAGGUGGAAGAAAAUUCCUCCGGAACUGUACAUCUAGAUAAGUUCUUGCCGGCUAUGACCAAAGUCCUGCUGGAGAACAAGUUUCCUCCCAUCCCCAGGAGCAAAAUAUUUCAGGCUUUCAAGGUUCUCGACAAAGAGCAGAAAGGUUUCCUCGAACCCGAAGAGCUGUCAAAGUUUAUGAUGGAGGAAGGUGAACCUUUCACUCAGGAGGAGAUGGACGAGAUGCUGACAGCACACACCAAUCGAAAGGAGAACGUCAUUUAUUAUGACAAGUUGAUCAACAAACUCACUGCUGACGCUCCCAAGUAGAAAGUGAAAAAACCUUAAUGACUGUCUAUCACACUUAGGCCUGUCGAUAAACAAUAAAUCAAUUGAUUGCAAGACAAAUUAAAA